UCAUCACGUCAACGGUGGGGCCGUCAAACGAAACAUGGCGUCCGUUAGGUUAUUGCUAUGAGUGCUGCUCCGUUUUCUAUCAUUAAAUGUGGAAUCAUCGUGCGUUUUGCGGGCUGACGCGAAGCGUCGUGUCCUCCGGGAGGCGAACACGUCGCUUUCAACCCUGCACAUCCCGCGUACAUUGCUCCUAAUCCCAAUUCAAUGAGGAGUUUCGGCCUCGUCAACAGUGGCUUGUGGGUAUACACACCCCGACGCGAGGCUCUACAGUGGUUUUCGGUAUAUCGAGCUUUUUUCUACUCUUCGAAAAUUUCAUUCCGUUGUAAUCCCAAUAGGAUUAUGAUACUCGACAAAAAAUCAGAAAAUCUUCGCGCGUUGGUGCCGGACUCGCGAAUCAAAAUGCCGGUCACUGUUAAAGUGUUUUUAUGCACGGGGUGUUAGUGGUGGUGAUCACCUUCUCUCACCCCAGAAUUUUCACACGAAACGUGUGCGUACAUUUAAAAUACUUUUGAAAUGUCAUGUAACUAUUUUCUGUUCUCGUGUUAAUAAUGAUUUCAAGAGACAUGUUUAUAAAAUAAUAUGUGAAAUGUGCAAGGAUUUGUGUACAGUGUUAGAAAAUUAUGGAAGGUGGACAUAAAACUUGCUGAUUCUUAUAUAUCCAUAUGUAUGUUUAUUUAGUUCAUUUUAAGAUAAACAAGUAAUACAGUUAGAACAUUUUAUGUUACUAUUCACCAUUCGAUCAACACUACAUUGCACAAAAUCUACCAGACGAGUAAGGUGUAAUUUCCAAAAAGGAGAAGAAUACGGAGAGCAUAGGGCCAUAUGCCGCCAGCCGGGUUAUCGGCAAGAGGCUUGUCUACCUUGAUGGACCACGGACAACCAGAUGCUCGUCAUCGGAGCGAGCGAUUUUUACUUCAUCCAGAGAAUGGCUCCUCAAACUCUCAUAGUCCUAACACAGCUAACUCAUCUCCGAGAUAUCAACAUAAUAAUAGAACAAAUAAUCAUUCCACAAGUUACGGAUAUUUGUAUGGGCGUACAUCUAGCAACAAUAUGUCUGAUAGCAGUGUGUCCGAUACACACAGUGGCGGCACAGCAAGAACUGUUUCUCAACAAACUAGUCCUUCUCAUGGUACACAUUCCUCAUCUCAAUCAAGACAGGACAAUAGUUCAACAAUAUUCACAGCACUGUUUGAUUAUGUUGCCCAAGGUGAGGAUGAGUUAUCCUUGCAAAGGGGAGAAACAGUUGAGGUUCUAUCGAAAGAUUCAAAAAUCUCAGGCGACGAGGGCUGGUGGACUGGAAAAAUCCAUGGCAAAGUUGGAAUUUUUCCAGCCAAUUUUGUGGCAGAAGCAGAAAGUAUUGAUAGGGUCUCAUCGGUGAUCGAUAAAGUUCAACCAGUCGAAAUUGACUUUGAAGAGUUGCAAUUAGAAGAAGUGAUAGGAGUUGGCGGAUUUGGAAAAGUAUACAGGGGAUUCUGGCAGAAACAUGAAGUGGCUGUUAAAGCAGCCCGUCAGGAUCCAGAUGAAGAUCCAAGUGUUACAUUAGAAAAUGUUCAACAAGAAGCAAAAUUAUUUUGGUUAUUAAAACAUGAAAACAUUGUGCAGUUAGAAGGAGUUUGUUUAAAAAUGCCAAAUAUGUGUCUCGUGAUGGAAUAUGCAAGAGGGGGUAGUUUGAACAGGGUUCUUAGUGGUAGAAAAAUCAGGCCUGAUGUACUUGUUGAUUGGGCCAUACAAAUAGCCCGUGGCAUGGACUACCUUCAUAAUAAAGCUCCUAUAAGUCUUAUUCACAGGGACCUAAAAAGUUCUAAUGUGUUGUUAAGCGAGCCUAUUGAAAAUGACGAUCUACAAUAUAAAACAUUAAAAAUAACUGACUUUGGAUUAGCAAGAGAAGUUUAUAAAACAACUCGUAUGUCAGCAGCUGGUACAUAUGCCUGGAUGGCACCAGAAGUUAUUAAAAAGAGUACUUUCAGUAAAGCCAGUGAUGUUUGGAGUUAUGGCGUUCUUUUAUGGGAACUUCUGACCGGUGAAACACCUUAUAAAGGAAUAGAUGCGCUGGCAGUAGCAUAUGGCGUUGCAGUAAAUAAACUUACAUUGCCCAUUCCAUCAACUUGUCCUCAACCUUGGAGGUUUUUAAUGGAAGCUUGCUGGGCAUCAGACAGUCAUUCAAGACCAGGAUUUGCAGAAAUCCUUGUAGAAUUGGAUGAAGUACGUAGCGCAUUUGCAGCAACACCACACGAAUCAUUUCAUACAAUGCAAGAAGACUGGAGACUUGAAAUUGAACAAGUUCUUCAUGGACUGCGCAUGAAGGAAAAGGAAUUGCGCUGCAGGGAAGAAGAAUUAACUAAAGCACAAGUACAACAACGACAACACGAGGAAAAUUUAAGGCAGCGAGAACAAGAAUUGGCUGCCCGGGAAAUAGACUUACUAGAACGCGAACUCACUGUAAUGAUAAUUCAGCAACAAAAUACUCCUACACCAAACAAGCGCCGCGGAAAAUUCAAAAAAUCGAGAUUAAAAUUAAAUAAAAAAGAGCCUGGUAGUAACAUUAGCGCUCCUUCUGAUUUUCGUCACACGAUAACUGUUCAGCAUACAGCCUUGGACAGAGGAAAAGUACGGAAUCCGUCGAGACCUAACAGUCCACCAGGUUCUCCGAGCAUACCAAGACUUCGGGCAAUCGCAUUACCAGCAGACGGAGUAAAGGGUAAGACUUGGGGACCGUCGACACUCCACCAACGAGAGCGUGGGGCUAUUAUCACACAGCCACCAAAUCCUGCGUCACCAAGUGGCAAGCGGUGGUCUCGUUCUGCUCCAGAUCUCGAAAAGACACCCCUGCGUACAGCCCUGUUGGCAAGCGCGCACCGCUCCCCGCUUCUUCAAGAAAUAGGCCUUUCUGAGGAAAGCAUCUAUCCCACUCAUUAUACAGCUGUAGCGCCUGAUCUUUCAUCUGACUGGGUAACAUCAGAUUAUCCACUGAAACCUGGAUUAACUGGACCUUACAUCAUGCCAAUGCCUGUUCCAAUGCCGACUCUCUAUAAUGGAGAAAUGAAAAAGCCAAAGUUAAGCAUAAUAGAACUGGUGUUGUAUAAUAUCGCAGCAAUGCUAGCUGGAGUAGCAACUGGAUAUGAUGUAAGAAUGUCAAACAUAUCUCCGAUCCAUCCAAGAUUGUAUCCUCGGCUCGGUGACAGUGAAGAUGAACCUUCAAGAUGGUGGUUUCAAGCAGAUACUGGAUCGAAUCGUAAUUCUAGUUAUCUUGGUCCUGAUUACGAGUUUAGUUCAAGUAGUGGUUAUCCCCAUAACACAUACCAUGGACCAGCUAGGCAUUACAGGCCAUUCUUAAGUAACAUGGGUGGCAUAGCACCAGGUCUUCCACCCAGCGUGAUGCCUGAUAAACCUUUGAGAUUCACGGAUUCGCCUCAACACUAUGCGAGCAGUACAGCGGGUUCUAACGCGCCAACACCAAGUCCCAGAAGAAAGAGCAGCAGCACUAGUAAUGAAGAUGUAUUUACACACGAUGCAGGAAGAGUAGACCGCAUGGAAAGAGUACCAACGAUAUACAUGGGUAAUGUUGCUCCCUUUCCAGACUAUGGACCUCCAGUGUACACAGUUGUUCCACCAGAAUAUCACAGGCAACAAGAACCAACGUAUUUUGUACAUACAGAUUACCAUGAUAGAAUGCUUGAGUGCCCUGAAUUUCCACAUGCUUAUGACAAUCCGAGCAGUAUAAAUAGUCCAGCUCGGCCUGUAUCAAGACUUCCUCCAUAUACUCAUCAUCGUACUUCGUCAAAUGUUUCAAAUGCGAGCACGUCGAGUCAAAGUAACGUUAAUCCAACGUUUCGUUUAGAAGAUGAAGACGAUUAUUCUUUGUAUUAUCCUGGACAUUAUUAUCAACGACCUUCGAACGUCAUCUCAAACGUAGGAACGUAUAGUCCUAGUAUGCUUAAUCACGAAUAUGGUUCGCAAAUAUUAACACGUCAGAACUCGCAUGAUUCAAAUUCAAACUCGGGUGAACGACCGAGUAAUUUAGAAGUUGUUAGCCGAUUACGAUCAAGUUUGAAACGAUCUAAUUAUUCGUACAAUUCGCCGAAUAAAAGCGUUAGCAAAAACAACUCGGGUUCAGGCACACCCACAAAUCCUACGCCUCCGGAUUCUUUGACAUCCGAGGACUCGAGCUAUGUUUCGGCUAAAGAUAGUCAAAUUUCUAUUAGUAGGGUGCGGUUUUCUCCAGUGACCUUCGAUCGGGAUGGAAUAUCGCGAGAACAUAGAGAAACUUUACUUGAUAUCCCGGUACACGGGCAAAGCCAGGACGUCACUAUACCUUUGCAAGCUAAUCGUCGGUUAAAUAGAAGUAGGAAACCAAGUAUUUCUGAAUUAGAAAGAGAAUUUUUGUCAUAGCAUUGGCUUAUUUAAAAUAAUACAAACGAUAUAGUUAUAAUUAAUAAUCCGAAAUGUUUGUCAAUCUUGAAAGUAACACUUAAUUAGAAUUAUAUGAAUCAAAGAGUAUCUGACGUGGCAGAAAUCGAUCAAAUCUUUAUAGCAAAAGAAUAUUGCGAUACACAUUUUGAAAGCACUGCCUCCUGCAGGACGUUUUUUCAUAUAUUAGUGCAGGUCAUCGAAUAUAGUAAGAAUAUAACAUUCCGUAUGUAAAAAUAUUGAGACAUCGUCAUGAAAGACUCUUAUAUAUCCGAUCAGACUGUUUUUAAUUUGUUAAAGAACUGGUAUGUCUCAUAUUUUGUAGAAAUAGUGUGAA